CAUGCCCACAAACGGCACACGUUGCAUCCGUAGCCAAAUGCUGUCUCACUUGAUUAGCGUUCAUAAGCAAACUACCACAUGAGACAAGCCACAAAAAAGUUUUGACACGGUGCGACCCGUGAUAUUUCCAUAGUUGUCGCCAUCUUCUGUCAAUUGUAAUCGCAUUGGUACCACUCAGCAUUUCAUAUGCAGAUCUCGUAGAGAAAAUGUGGUCCUUGUUCUAUAUCAAGCCGGGAAAAUCCUCCACAUCCCAAGCUCAUGGAGGAUGCUGGCUUGCAAUUCUAGCUGUGAUCGAAUGUGGUAAUAUUUUGUUAAAUUUAUCCCAUUUCCAAUCACCAUCGAUGCAACAGAGCAGUCAACCACAUUGGUUUUUGGGAACAAUUUGGGAAGGGAAGAGCUUUGCAGAACUGUUAUUUUUUUUUUAUAUCUGUUGAUUUCUUGGCCCAUAUUCUUAGUGUUCUUCGUCCAAAGCAGAUUAUUGGGUGAUUAACUUCGCUUCUAAAUUGCCAUAGCAGAAAAAAAGUCCUUGUAUAGUUCUUUGAAAGGAGAAUCUUGUUGGUGGUUGAGUGAAUGAGAGGGUGAAAGGAAAUGAGUGAGGAGCUUGAGGUUGAAUAUGAGAUACAAUGAAUGGAGGGUCAUUGGGUCUACGUACAGGGAGCUAUGGGUUAUUGCAGAACAUAAAUAGGGCUAUUGCUGGUGGUGAAAUAUCUAAAUCUUUGAGUAAUGUACGAAAGAGUUCAACCAAGAUGCUUUCAGGUAUUAGGGAGAAGGAGAGGCCUCUCCCUAAUGCUUGGUACCGUUAUAUAGGUUGUCGGAAGUUUUCCAUGCUGCUUCUCAUUGCUUUUGCCCUUUUGGUCUUUGCCUUGGGUUCUUUUGUAGUUAACAAAGACAGCACUAGUCCAAAUGUUCUUCAACGGAUUGGAACUUUAGGAAUAGUUCCAUAUGUGAAUGGUGGCCAUCAUGAAGCUUCACAGAUCCUUGGAGAGAAGGAUAAGAAGAAAGAUGAAAAUAGAUUUCAGAUUCCUGCUUUUAAAGGUGCAAGUGUUUUGCCAUUUCACCAUCCAUGCGCGAAUUUCACAUUUCCUCCUCCCCCUCCACCUACUCGUAGACGGCUUGGACCUCGGCCAUGUCCAGUGUGUUAUCUCCCUGUGGAUCAGGCAAUAGCUAGCAUGCCAAGCUCUUCAUCAGCAUCUCCAGUGCUUCAUAAUCUGACAUAUGUUCUUAAUGAAAACCCUAUCAAAAGUGAACCACAUGGGGGCUCUGACUUUGGUGGAUAUCCAUCUCUAAAACAAAGAAAUGAUUCAUUUGAUAUAAAAGAGUCAAUGGCAGUGCACUGUGGAUUCGUUAAGGGAAGUAAACCUGGUCAUGGGACUGGAUUUGACUUUGAUGAGUCUGACCUUGCAGAGUUGCAGCAGUUCCAUGACAUCAUUGUUGCAUCUGCCAUAUUUGGUACUUCUGGGCAUUCAAUCUUCCACAUUAGCUUCUUGGUUAUGUAUGUCGGAUCUUCUUCAUUGCUAUAUGUUUUCUGUUCUUCAGGGAACUAUGAUAUAAUACAGCAUCCCCAGAACAUUAGUGAAGAAGCAAAAAAAAAUAUCCCUUUCUACAUGUUUGUUGAUGAAGAAACAGAAGCAUUCAUGAAAAAUAGAAGUAUUUUGAGCAGCAGUAAAUGGGUGGGCUUGUGGAGAAUUGUUGUCAUCCACAAUGUUCCUUAUAGUGAUGCAAGACGUAAUGGGAAGGUCCCAAAGCUUUUAUUACAUAGAAUCUUCCCAAAUGUUCGCUACUCAAUAUGGAUAGAUGGAAAGCUACAGCUUGUUGUGGAUCCUUACCAAGUUCUUGAGAGAUUCUUGUGGCGCCAAAAUGCUAAUUUUGCAAUCUCGAGACACUACAGACGAUUUGAUGUCUUUGUGGAGGCUGAAGCAAAUAAAGCUGCAGGAAAAUAUGAUAAUUCCUCCAUUGAUGAGCAGGUGGAUUUUUAUAAAAAAGAGGGUUUAACUCCAUAUUCUGAGGCCAAACUUCCGAUAACCAGCGAUGUUCCCGAAGGUUGUGUACUCAUAAAGGAACAUAUUCCCAUUACAAAUCUGUUUACCUGCCUGUGGUUCAAUGAAGUCGACCGUUUUACAUCCAGGGACCAGUUAAGCUUUGCCAUAGUAAGGGAUAAAAUAAUGACAAAAGUUGAUUGGAGUAUCAAUAUGUUCUUGGAUUGUGAAAGACGCAAUUUUGUCAUACAGUCAUACCAUAGGGAUUUGUUGGAGCAAAUGCCUCCACCUGUUCCUGCUGUGGUUCGACGUCCACCAGCUUUGCCCAACACACGUGGAAAAACUCCUGGGAAGAGGAUUCCUAGACGUGGAAGGGAUAGAAGAUCGGGUUCAAGGCGUCACCGUAAGGCUGCUGCUAGUAAUAGAGAGCAAUUUCUUUUAAAUGCUGUUUGAGCCAAAAAGAGAGGAAGGAAUUUAGCUUCGUUCUUUUGUUUUACUUUAACAAAAUCAAAUUGCUUCUAAUUGUCACCACAGAUAGGACUGUUUAGAUCGUUUUAGGAUCAUACAAGGAGAACAUUGAUACACAUAUUUUGUCUGAAAUUUUGAUAUCUAAUUCAUAUAUUGUUGUAGAUUCUGAA